AUGGUUCUUUUCAAAGGGAUAGGUGCGAGUAUAGCAAUAGCGGCUUAUCUCCUGUUUUUAUACUAUAGCCUACAGUCAUCGUCCUAUAAGAGGACAGAAAUCGAGGCGACUUUCCUACAAGCAUGGAAAGGCUAUGCAGCUCACGGGUGGGAUGCCGACAUCUACGGACCGCUAUCCAAAACUACCUCUAACAUGUAUGGGUCAAAGGCGAAACCUUUGGGCUGGAUUAUCAUUGACUCCAUUGAUACAAUGCUUCUCAUGUACAAUUCCACUACGAGUUCUUCGAACAAGAAUUUGUUCAAACACGAACUCGUAAAAGUCGAAAGUUGGGUAACCAGGGAUCUUGAUUAUGACAUCGAUGCGAGUGUCUCUCUUUUCGAAACAACCAUCCGCAUGUUAGGUGGGCUUCUUUCUGCGUACUAUCUCUCGAAUGAACUCUUGCUCGGAGAUCCUACUGUUUAUCUGAACAAAGCAAAAGACCUGGCGGACCGAAUGCUUCCAGCGUUUAACACUUCAACUGGAAUUCCGUACUCAAGCAUCAACUUGCAUACUGGCGCUUCGCAAAAGAAUCAUGUCGAUGAGGGUGCAUCCUCAACAGCUGAAUUCACAACCCUGCAAUUAGAAUUCAAAUACUUGAGCGCAAUUACAGCUGAUAACAGGUACUGGAAAGCUGUAGAGAAAGCCUAUAAGCCCCUAUAUGAACAGAAUGAUCUGAUCAAGAAAUAUAAAGGACUAGUGUCAAUUUACACAUAUCCUGAUACCGGAACCUUCAGAGGAUCUAACAUAAGGCUAGGCUCUCGAGGCGAUUCGUUUUACGAGUACUUACUCAAGCAGUACCUCCAAACGCACGAAAGAAUUUACUACGACCUAUAUCGUGUAUCAGUCGAAGGAAUAAAAGAAAACUUAUUAUCUAAGUCCAACCCAAGUGGGCUUACUUAUAUUGGCGAAAAGGAACGCGGACUUUCUGGGCCGCUGUCCUCUAAAAUGGACCACCUUGUAUGUUUCAUGGGAGGACUGUUAGCCAUGGGAGCUACUGAAGGCCUACCAAUUUCGGAGGCUCGCAACCAGCAGUUUUGGGAUCAGAAACGAGAGGAAGAUUGGACUUUGGCACAGGAGCUUACUUACACUUGUUAUCAAAUGUAUCAUCAAGUUCCGUCUGGGUUAGCCCCCGAAAUUGUUGUGUUCAACGAUAAAUACGCAAGCGGAAUCGUAGGCGCUUGGCAAUCUGCAGAUGGCGACUUUUUCAUCAAGCCGGCUGACUCUCAUAACUUACAGAGGCCUGAAACUGUUGAAUCCAUUAUGUUUCUGUAUCAUUUAACCAAAGAGCAAAAAUACAGGGACUGGGGAUGGGAAAUUUUUCAGUCUUUCAGGCGGCACUCGGGUGUAAACUGCAAGAAAUCUGACACUGAGUGCGCUUAUACUUCGAUCACAAAUGUGCUUUCAGAACCGCCUUCUAAAGGUGACAACAUGGAAAGUUUCUGGCUCGCAGAAACGUUGAAAUACCUCCAUUUAUUAUUUCAGGAUGACGUCGACUUGACUGGUUUGGUUUUCAACACAGAGGCACACCCUUUUCCAGUCAUACCCGAACAGAAUCUCAAAGCGCAUAACCUAGUCACUGGGUGGCAUCUGUAG